AUGUUGGUGUUUCUACAACAACCGAAAGAUAAAGGUCAGCUGAGCCAAAUGCAAACCGGUGAAGGUAAAACCGUUAUCGUUUCGGUCCUGGCGGCGAUCAAGGUCCUGCAAGGGGAGAAAGUCGAUGUGGUGACCAGUAAUCCCGUACUUGCAGCCGAAGGCGUUCGCGAUAGGAAGCUUUUCUUCGACUUACUGAAUGUCGACGUUGAUACCAAUAAUGCGGACGAAAAGUAUUCCCAUGGCAAACGGGCGUGCUACGAAGCGGACAUUGUCUACGGGAGUAUUGGAAAUUUUCAGUUCGAUUACUUGCGCGACUCGUUUAUGGGUUUGGAAACCCGCGCUGGUCGGACAUUCGAGAACAUCAUGCUGGACGAGGUGGACUCGAUGAUCAUCGACAACGCAAGCCACAUCGCUAAACUGAGCGGCCCAUUUCCUGGGAUGGAAAACCUUCGGUAUGUUUACAUCAAGAUAUGGAUCGAAUUGCACAAGGCGGAGGAGAUAGUCGUUCGAGAGCACCAGCAGCGAUUGAAAAGCAAAGCGGAGGAGUUAAGCUCUGGAGCGCUUCCUGAAGCGGAAGCACAGCAAGCGUACGAUCAGCUUAGGUCCGAACUCGAGAGCGAAGUGCUGCAACGCACAAAAGAACUUAUCAGAUUGGCGAAACCAACGGAAAUCGAAAUCAUUCCUUCACACAUACGCGAGUACGCUGUCCGCACGCUUGACCGGUGGAUUGACAGUGCGAUCAAAGCCAAGUACCACUAUGCCAUAGAGGAGCAGUAUGUGAUUCGUGAGGAUGGUAGAACUGGGGAGCUUCUCAUCCAGCCGGUCGAUUACGCUAACACUGGCAUCACGUUGAAAAACACCAACUGGCAGUAUGGAUUGCAUCAGUUUCUACAACUCAAACAUAACCUCCAUCUCAUGGCCGAAAUACGUACGAAGAUAUUCGGUCCGACCGGAACGCUGGGUUCGGAGGCGGAGCAGCAGCUGCUGGCAUCGAUCUACAAUGUUGGUUUCGCUCGAAUUCCGACCUACAAAGAUAAAAAAUUCUUCGAAAUCGGGGGUGAAGUUGUCGACGACGAAUUGUUCGGUGAGCAGAUCGUGGAAGAUACACUUCUACAGCUGCAGCGGGGUCGUUCUUCGCUGAUCAUCUGCGAGACGAUUAAGGACGCCAAAAGGGUUCAGGAAGAAAUUAAAACAAUAACCGAGCGUAGCACGGUGUCACGAACGAAGUGUCAGCGUCACCGAGAAGAAAGUUCAGCCUGGGGAACCUUUCUGCCGUGCAACAAACGCGUGGAGGAUCAAGCCUUCGGACGGACGGCUCGGCAGGGUAACAACGGAACGGCAAAACUGAUGGUGAAGCAAAGUGAGGUCGAGAAGCUGGGCGCAGAGUCCUAUCUUAUGCGAGAGAUCAAAGUGGCAAGAGGUUUGAACGAAGCAAGCAGAAUCCGGUUUGUUACGGAUGUUAAGGUGAAGGAAUUGGAGUUUCAGGACGGAAUCUACGAGCUGUUUUCCACCUUGUAUCGGGAAUUGAAGGAGCAGUACAAAGCUAAAAAGGGAGAAAACCAGUACGUGCUGGAUGAUUUGAAAGCAUUUUGGGCGUUUUGGCUGGAGGUAAACGGGUUCCAGGAGGCGACAGAGCUAGUGGGGAAACGACCGGAGGUCGAGUUCGAACGAUUCAAGUUGGAGGCACAACCUACCAUCGGAGGAGCCAUCUGUUUCAAUCCGUACUACAGUAUCAAACAGGCGGAGUAUUUUAUUCAGAACGAAAAACAAGACCGUGCGGAGCAGGCGGCAAACCACGCUCUCACCAUCAGCGGGAAUCCGGACAUUUUGCACAGUGCCUACAUAAAGUUGUUCGAAAUUUCGAUCGAACGAGGUGAGGUCCUGCUGGACAAAUUUAGGCAAGCAAUCGGUGAUCUUUUCUUUAUUCCCGCUGCUCGACCCGAUCGAGAGUCAGAAGCCGACGAAUUCAGCACCAUCCUGGAGAGUGACGACCAGCAGGAGAAUCUGUUCCUCAAACAUUUACUUUCAAAGCAACGAUCAGCCUUGGCAUGA